AUGUCGGAUCACCAAAUGACAGGCAGUUCCUCACCUAGCCGAUGCCCUUGUGGUAACACCUCGCCGCAUCUGGAGUUUCUCCCACCUAUUCCACAGCUUAUCGGCCCCUGUGACGUCGAGGAGUGGAAAAUUAAAUGGGCCAUGCCGCAGCUGCUCAGCGCUGGUCUGAGAGCCUACGAUGACGAUUACGACUUCGACCCCCAGGAGUUGUGGAAUUACAUUACCCGGUACAUCAGGUUUGGCACGCGCUCUGAUUCACUCAAGGACCGCAUGCUGCUUCAUUUGUUCUACUGCGGUUACCUUCGGGAUGAUGCCAAAUUUGAGAAGCAUGAGUACAUCCUCAUGCGCCGUUGUCUCCGCACGUUGGGUAUUGAGGUUCACCCUAUGGCUAUGAGGGAGGCAGACAUUGAUGAGGACGACCUUGGCCAUGAUGACCGCGAAUGGGUCUAUAGUCAGGGGUUAACGGAAGUGCAGGGAAGAUGGCUGACCGAUUGGAGCAAGACGUGGAAUGCCUCGAAGGCUUUUGACAGAGAUGACUUUGCGAAGAUGUUGGAGGAUGCUGAGGACCAAGUUGUGACGUAG